AGUAAACCGUGUCAGCUGACGCGCAGCAUCUCCGAUAGUCACAACACACGGCUUUCUUGUGUUCAAAGCGCAAAAAACCUCGAUACGUUCUCGGAUCGAGUCGGGUGUUAUGCUACCGAGACAAAAAUCUGGCGAGGGGACAAGUACUUCUCCAUGGCGGCAGAAAUACAUCCCAAACCGCAGACUCGCACGCCCGUCCUCCUCAGCAAGAUCGAGGCUUCCCAAGAAGUGGUGAACACCGCGGUUAUAAUUCCCAAAGAAGACGGGGUUAUCAGUGUGUCGGAAGACAGAACAAUCCGGAUAUGGCUGAAGAGAGACAGUGGUCAGUACUGGCCGAGUGUCUAUCACACUAUGCCAGCUCCCUGUACCUGCAUGUCCUUCAACCCGGAGACGCGGAGGCUUUCUGUGGGCAUGGACAGUGGAGAGGUGUCGGAGUUCAUCCUGUCUGAAGACUACAACAAGAUGACCCCAGCACAGAGCUACCAGGCUCACCAGGGCCGAGUUACAGUGGUUCUGUUCGUCCUGGAGAUGGAGUGGGUCCUGAGCACUGGUCAGGACAAGAACUUCACUUGGCAUUGCUCCGAGAGCGGCCAGCGCCUGGGCGGAUACCGGACUACUUCCUGGGUCUCCGGGCUGCAGUUUGACGUGGAGACGAGGCACGCCUUUGUAGGUGACCACUCUGGCCAGGUGACUAUCCUGAAACUGGAACAGGACAGCUGCAGCCUGGUCACCACGUUUAAAGGACACACAGGCAGCGUGACGGCUCUGUGCUGGGACCCGGUCCAGCGUGUCCUGUUCUCAGGGAGCUCCGACCACUCCAUCAUCAUGUGGGACAUCGGGGGCGGAAAGGGCACCGCCAUCGAGCUGCAGGGGCACAAUGAGAAAGUGCAGGGACUGUGCUAUGCCCCACACACCCGCCAGCUGAUCUCCUGCAGCUGUGAUGGGGGCAUCGUCAUAUGGAACAUGGACGUGACCCGGCAGGAGACCCCCGAGUGGCUGGACAGCGACUCCUGCCAGAAGUGUGAGCAGCCCUUCUUCUGGAACUUCAAGCAGAUGUGGGACAGCAAAAGGAUUGGCCUGCGGCAGCAUCACUGCAGGAAGUGCGGCCAGGCCGUGUGCGGGAAGUGCUCCUCCAAGCGCUCCACCAUCCCGCUCAUGGGCUUUGAGUUUGAGGUGCGGGUGUGUGACAGCUGCCACGAGUCUAUCACUGACGAGGAGCGAGCGCCCACGGCAACCUUCCAUGACAGCAAACACAGCAUCAUCCACAUGCACUUUGAGCCCACCAGGGGCUGGCUGCUGACCUCUGGGCCAGACAAGGUCAUAAAGCUGUGGGAUAUGACACCAGUGGUGUCCUGAGGGACCUGUCCUGGGGCAGCAGGAAGCCUAACGUGUUGGGAAAGGCCCAGCAUCAGCAGUGUCACUAGCUGUCAUCCCAGGAGGAAGACCAAACAGCCACAAGAACAGCAACAUCCAAUCAAUGUCCAAGCACCAUGUGAACAACAUCUAGGAAGCUGUGAAGCUCCGGGUCUCGUGAUUUCCUGUCUCCUGACACAGAGUCUCUGAGGUGGCCUGCUGGUUUGGGUUUGUUUUUCUUUUUUUGCUCCUUCCUGUCCUUCCUGUCCUCUCGUCACGUGGUGAUCUUUGACUGGCUCUCCUGACUGUUUGCAGGGGCAGACACUGUAGUGUUGCCUGCUGCCUUUUUGUGUGUUUUUGUCUUUUGGAAUAUAAGAACUCAAAAUUUCUGUGAUUGAGGGAAGGAGAGGGAAGACACAAGAGUCCUCAUUUUUACCCUCUGACCGUUACUCUUUGACCCUACCCUCUCUGAGAGUGUUGAAAGUCUAAAACUGUGAAAAAAAGUGGGGCUUGGAUUCUACUCCUUUCAGUCAAAUUGCUCCUGCCCCUUAAAUAUGAACUGUCCACCACUGUGAAAAACCUCACUUUCUGAUGGGAAGCGUGCACUUUGGCACCUUGAUUUCCAUAGCAAGCCCUGGGCUUUCUAGGAUGGGCCUCUCAUUCUGACCAAGACAUUAACUUUCUGACAGUUUGUGUACAUCACUGUCGGCAUCACUGCUGUGUACAGGUGGAUGUUUCCGGAGAAUUAUUAACUGGGCUCAUAUCACAGUAGUGCACAGGAAACAUUAGUUUGACGUUGGUUUGGUGUUGGCGUGAUGCUGAUGGAAUGUCACAAUGGGUCUGUUUCAGUGGCUUUUCUGCAGUUUGGUUAAUCAGCCCAUUAGAGAUUACCCAUGUCAUUUUUCCAUCUACUGCAGCUAGUCUUGGUGCAGCGCUCCUCGGUAGAUAGCGGUUUGAUAACAGAAUGCAGAACAGCACUUUUUGCAUUGAUCUGCUGUUUUUAUGCGCAUGCAGUUGUUCGAAUGGCCUUCAGAGACUGCUUAUUGCAACUUUAUUUUCCAGAAAUGUACAUUUCUGUAACUGACUGCACUGUGGCUGUAACGUGGCUGCAGGCUUUGUACAGUGUGGUCCUUAAAGGAAAGCAGCUUUCAAAGACACAUGUUUUAGUGCGCAUCAAAAAUAUGAGAAAGGGAAAAAAAAUCAAUUAGCAGUUACGCCAGUCAUAUCUAUUGAGUAUCACUGUAGGGGCCAAAUAGCAGAGCUUAAUGCACCUGUUUGCUCAAACAAGUUCCAUGCAAAAUAAUCAACAUUAUAUCAAUAAAUCUGAUAAGCACCUGCAUGCCUUGUGUUAGAAUACAGUUGUUGUUUCUGGAACCACUGAAGAGUCCAGUGCUUCACACAUACAUAUUUAAAUCAACAAUGUUGGGAAUGUGUGUUUUGGCAACCUGCACAUGGUCUGGUUGAAUGCUGGACUGUGGUUUUGUGAAGUGGAAAUUGGCUGGUUGAAGACCCACAUUGUUCUUUUCCCUGCUGGAAGGAGAGGUUUUCUCCCAUUUAAACAUUUUAACAAACAUUUUUACACUGUCGGUUGGUUAAAAUUAGUAGCAUGAUUCAAGUACAUAUCGUACUGUGUUGCACGCGCUUCAUUGCACAUUUUAAUAUUUCUACAGAGAUGCUAAAGACAAGUCUAUAUAUGCCUUUCUUUUAGAGGAGACUGUUCCUACCUGGGACAUUUGUGUUUUUGUGUGUGUGACAUUUUGUACUUGACCCUUUUGAGAACCAAAAAGAAAGGACAUGUGAAGCACUUAAGUAGCUUGUGUCCUUGUUUCCUGUCUGUAGACCCCCUGUAGUGUCUGCAUGCUGUGGACUGUGCUUACUGUAUUUGUUGUACCUGCUUCUAGUUCACUGUGUCAUGUUAGGGCUGAGCGAUAUAGCCAU